AUGGGGGAUUUCAACUGUAUGCUUAAUAGAGAUAAGAGAGUGGGUCGACCAGUAUUAGUUUCAGAGUGUGAAGAUAAAAAAGCUUAUAGUAGAAUAGAUAGGGUACUCGUUAAUGGAGAUUGGUUUACUUCACUUCCAAGUUCAAAGGUUCACUUUGGAAAUGAAGGACUCAUGGACCAUUGUCCAGCAGUAAUAAAUCGGGAUAAUGGAACUCAACAUACAACACAUAGAGGCAUAAAUAAGAGCCACUUUAAUGAUGUUGAAGUACAAGAAGAUAAAGCUAAAGAAAAGUUGGAGAAGUGUCAAAUUGCACUGCAAAGGGAUCCUACAAACAUAAAUUUGGUCAGAACAGAGAUACAAGUAGCUAAAGAUACCAAAGAUGGAAUCAAGCAAGGAUUCAGGUAUAACAGGUCUGAUAGAUAUGACAGCCAGUUUUUCAAAGAUUGUUGGGGCAUAAUAAGUGCUGAUCUCAUAGAAGGGCUAAGGGAGUUCUUCAACUCAGGGAAAAUUCUUAAGGUGUGGAACAAUAUAGUACUCAGUCUAGUGCCAAAAUCAGACGAUGCUGAUACAGUAGGAGACUAUAGGCUAAUAGCUUGUUACAAUACAAUAUACAAAGUGCACCUAGUCAGACUGUAUAAUAGGAAACAAACCAGUAGUAGCUGCUUGAUUAAGAUUGAUCUAAAGAAAGCCUAUGACACAGUGGAAUGGGGAUUUGUGGAGGAGAUGUUGUAUGCUUUGGAGUUUUCUCACAAGUGCAUAAGAUGGAUUAUGAAUUAUUUAACCUUUGUUCAGUACACCAUAGCCAUCAAUGGUGGACUAUAUGGAAACAUUCAGGGCAAAAGAGGACUAAUACAAGGGGACCCAAUUUUCCCCUUAAUAUUUGUCAUAUGCAUGGAGUAUUUUACAAGAACAAUGAAUAUAGUUGCUCAUCAGGAGGGAUUUGGUUUUCACACAAAGUGUAGAAGCAUGAAACUGAAGCACUUGUGCUUUGCAAAUGAUGUGCUACUAUUUAGCAAAGGGGAUUUCCAGUCUGUGUUGUUGUUACUAAGAGGUUUGAAAACCUUCUCUAAUACAUCUGGUUUAUGUACAAAUGCUAGUAAGAAAAUUUCUAAGAUAGUCCGUGAUGUGCUACUGGACAAAAUCUCUGCUAGGAUAAAAUAUUGGGGUACCAGGCACCUCUCAUAUGCAGGGAAAGUGCUACUUGUCAACUCCGUUCUUAUGCAUGUUCAUAGCUACUGGUAUUCAAUAUUUCUCCUUCCAAAGCAGGUACUCAAAGGAAUUACUGCACUGUGUAGAAAUUUUCUUUGGGAUGGCAAGGCUGUAACAAGUAAAUCUCCAUUAGUGGCUUGGGAUCUGGUUUACCGAGCUAAACAUAAAGGUAGCUUGGGGAUAAUAGACUGCUUUAAGUGGAAUGAAGUUGCUAUAGACAAAUAUGUAUGGAACAUUGCCCAGAAGGCUAAUAAUCUGCGGGACUGCAGCAGGUUGACAUACAAGGGAUUUGGAAGAGAAUGGCAAGAAGUAUUAAAGGAAGAAGGAGCAGGAAGUGGCAUUGGCUGUUCUUGCAGCUCUGGGGUACUGGAUUUGGAAGGCUAG